AUGAUAUUGAGUAAAGCUAAUACUAAUCCUAUUGUUGAUACAGGAAAUACUGAAAUUGGUAUUCAUAAGAGUAAUACUAACACUGAUAUUGAUAAACGUAAUACUAUUACUGAUAUUGAUGAAGGUAUCCGUAUGUGUACCAAUAUCGGUAUCUGUAACACUUCAGGUCUCUAUAACUGUAUAGUAGUAUCGGUGCUUUAUAAUAUAGGAGUAACCAUAUCGGAUAAUAAGACAAUAUCGGGUAAUACUUAUAUUGAUGAGGGUAAUACUUAUAUUGAUGAGGGUAAUACUUAUAUUGAUGAGAGUAAUACUUAUAUUGAUGAGGGUAAUACUUAUAUUGAUGAGGGUAAUACUUAUAUUGAUGAGGGUAAUACUUAUAUUGAUGAGGGUAAUACUUAUAUUGAUGAGGGUAAUACUUAUAUUGAUGAGGGUAAUACUUAUAUUGAUGAGGGUAAUACUUAUAUUGAUGAGGGUAAUACUUAUAUUGAUGAGGGUAAUACUUAUAUUGAUGAGGGUAAUACUUAUAUUGAUGAGGGUAAUACUUAUAUUGAUGAGGGUAAUAUUAAUAUUGAUGAGGAUAAUACUGAGACUGAUAUAGAUACGAGUAAAAUUAAUAAUAAUAAAUAUUAG